CCACCCUGAAGCCAGAACCCUGCUUGGCAUGGGCAUGCCAGCGAGAAGCUAGCCCCCUGCCAGGCUAACACUGACCCCAAGCCACUCCUCACCUGGACAAGAUGAGAGUGUCAGGUGUGCUUCGCUUCCUGGCCCUCAUCUUUGCCCUGGUCACCACAUGGAUCUUUAUUCGCAGCUACAUCAGCUUAAACGCGAAAACUAUCCGUCUGCCCCGCUGGCUGAGUUUGGUCACCAAGGAGAUCUCAGUCGUGAGGGCCAAGUGUGGCCUCACUAAGCCCUGCCCCAAAGAGUUCUUCGCCUUUAAAAUCAGCAGCGGGGCUGCUAACGUCGUGGGCCCCACCAUGUGCUUCGAAAACCAGGUGAUCAUGAGUCCUGUGAAAAACAACGUGGGCAGAGGCCUGAACAUUGCCCUGGUGAACGGAACCACAGGAAUGGUGCUAACACAGAAAUGCUUCGACAUGUACUCUGGAGAAGUGAAGCUGCUGGUGAAAUUCCUUAAAGAAAUUCCAGAGGGCGCACUCGUGCUGGUGGCCUCCUAUGACGACCCAGGAACCAGACUGAAUGAUGAGACCAGGAAGCUCCUCUCCAGCCUGGGCAGUUCUUAUGCAAAGCAGCUGGGCUUCAGAGAUAGCUGGGUCUUUUUAGGAGCCAAAGACCUCAAGGACAAAAGCCCCUUUGAGCAGGGCUCAGGCUCCCCACCUGAAGAGAGAGGUUUGGACCAGAGGAGCUGUCCCCUUCUAAGCUCCCUGUGGAGAGAGUAAACUUGCAUCAAGAGGAGGACACAGGAGAGCCCACCUGAUAUGGAAGGGGUCAGCAGGGGUCCAUGACAUGUGGCUCCACUACCCAGGGGUGUCCCCAAGCAGGGUCUGGGAGGCCCCCAGCAGUGGAGUCUCAGGAUUGCUCAGAGGAGGAAAGGGGAGUUAAGGCAGCAUUGGGAACUCGCAGGGAAAUGCUGCACCUUCUCUCCCUGUCCCCCAUCUGUGCGUCCCCAGCUCAGAGCAGUUCCAAAAUGUGGGAGAACUAGCCACAUCUUCCCCGGGCAUGAAGUAGCCCCAUCUUUGGAGGUGACAACAUUCAGUUCUGCCCAGAAGGCAGCUAAGAGUCGAUGAUUCAGGCAUAAAGGUCUAGUGAGGUGAGUGAAUUCUAUCCCGAAGGCAGUGGGGAGCCAUGGAAGGCUUAAGCAGGAAAGGGACAAGCACAAAUUGAUAUAUAAGAAAGACUAGCUAGCAUUCAGCAAGCACUUGCUCUGUGCAGGCUCGGCUGAGCAAGCUACCUGCAGCGCCUUCUUUGAUUCCCACAUGAAGCAGGUACAAUUAUCCUCCCAUCUCACAGUCCAGGAUCCGGAGGCAUGGAGAGGUUUUAACCAGCUUGCUCAGGUCUGAGCUACUCAGCGAUGCAGAUGCAGCUGUCAUCAGGUCAGCCUGCCUCCACAAAGAUUUCUCGUCCUGAUGCUUUUAGCACAGCCUCCCCGGCUGAGCACGGAGAAGUGUGGAGAAGGCAGGGAGGAGGCCCAGGCAGCAAUCAGACAAGAGGCACAGCAGCCUGCAGGGAAGGGGCCAUGGGUGGCAGGGAGGGACAGCGUCAGAAGGCUGAACUCCAGGUUGGGGGGGGACCACAAUGGGCUGCAAGGGUUUUUGCCCUGUCUAGAAAAUGCUGGCCUUGUUUGCGUGAGUUUCUAAGAGAAUGAAUUCAGGUCGUUAGAAAUUACUUUUUAAAAAUCACUGUACAAAGUAGCUUGUGCUGGAGGAGAAAAGGAGGGAGCCCUCUGUUGAUAGCCUCCGGGUGAAGACCACAGACAUCGGGCGGGGGCUCCAGUGCAUCCCUGUGUGAGGUGCAGGGAGGGGGCAGGGUGGGAGGCAGGGAAGAGGCUUCAGGCCACAGGCCCGGUUCUUCAUAAAGCCCAGCUUCCAAACCCAUCAAAACCGGGCCAAGACAGCAAAGCAGAAGCACGCAAGUCGACCCAUCACCCGGAAAUGAAUUGGAGGCCACGGUGUGACCGAAACCACCUAGUCCUUUGUUCCCACACACGGGGCGCUGGGCGUUAGAGAAGCAGCAUCUAGAAUGACUUUAUUCCCUAGGGUGAGCCACGAUUAUCCCACUGGUAGACUUUGCCACUUACAUUCGUUUCUUCCGUAAACUAAGCCCAGGCACUUUAAACACAAUCUUAACUGAUUUUAUUCUAUUUACUUUUAAUUAAUAUUACAAAGUGGUUCUGCCACUUACCAACUAAGUGGCCACAGGCAGUUACUUUGGGCCUCUGUGCCUCAGGCUCCCCAUGUAUAGAAUGGGAUGAUAAUGGUAUGCCCUUCCUGGGGCUACCAUAAGGAAUAAAAACAUAAGGUACUUUGUGCCUGGCAUAGGACAAGUGUUCACGAAUUGCUAGGAUGCUUCUUCUCAUUGUUCUGGUUGUCUGGGGGUGUCCUAGAGGGGCUGAUAGAGAAUUUGGCAGAGGAGCUAAUGCUCAGCAAGCCCACCUCCCAUGCUUGGUGCUCCCCGCCGCCCCCCACCCCCAAGGCACUGAGGGAUGACUGAGCUCUGAUCCUCUCUGUAAAACCUUGGGCAAGUUGUAGUCCCUCUGAGCCUCAGUUUCCCCUCCUAUGAAAUGGGCUGGUUAUAUCCAACACCACCACCUCCCCAUGGGGCCAAAGCCAGAACAAAGUGAGUGAAGGCAUGCGGUUUAAAAGCACAAUGACAAUUCAGGUGUGAAUUCUGAACAGCCUCCCCUGUGGGCCACGUCUCUCUCUUUCUCUCUCUCUCCCUCUCU